GGAGGAAUGGAUGCGGGCGAUCCAAGCGGUUGCCAACGGCCUGAAGACGCGAGAGGAAGAGGCGCCAUGGGAAUCGUUUGGAUCCCCAGCGAUGCAGCAGCAUGGAGGAGAUGGAGGUGGUCAUGUCCAAGUCCCGCAACAAGGUGGUCAGUGUCCUCCUGUCCCCCUACCAACCUAGCAGACCUGUCAAUUGUCCUGUCCCCUACAAACCUGUCAGUGUCUUCCUGUCCCCUACCAACCUAGCAGACCUUUCAGUGUCCUCCUGUCCCCUACCAACCUAGCAGACUGUCAGUGGUCCUCAUGCUUCCCCUACCAACCUCGCAGACUGUCAGUUGUCCUCCGUUCCCCUACCAACCUAGCGACCUGUCAGGUCCUCUGUUCGCUACCAACUAGCAGACCGUCAGUGUCCUCCUGUUCCCCUACCAACCUAGCAGACCUGUCAGUGUCCUCCUGUUCCCCUACCAACCUAGCAGACCUGUCAGUGUCCUCCUGUCCCCCUACCAACCUAGCAGACCUGUCAGUGUCCUCCUGUUCCCCUACCAACCUAGCAGACCUGUCAGUGUCCUCCUGUCCCCCUAACAACCUUGCAGCUCUGUCAGUGUCCCCCUACCAACCUAGCCGACCUGUCAGUGUCCUCCUGUCCCCCUACCAACCUAGCCAACCUGUCAGUGUCCUCCUGUCCCUACCAACCUAGCAGCCUGUCAGUGCCUCCCCCUACCAACCUAGCAGACCUGUCAGUGUCCUCCUGUCCCCUACCAACCUAGCAGACCUGUCAGUGUCCUCCUGUUUCCCUACCAACCUAGCGACCUGUCAGUGUCCUCCUGUCCCCCUAACAACCUUGCAGCCUUCAGUGUCCUCCUACCACAACCUAGCCAGCUCGUCGUGUCCCCCUACCAACCUAGCCGACCUGUCAGUGUCCUCCUGUUCCCCCUAACAACCUAGCAGACCUGUCAGUGUUUCCCCCUACCAACCUAGCAGACCUGUCAGUGUCCUCCUGUCCCUACCAACCUAGCCGACCUGUCAGUGUCCUCCUGUCCCCCUACCAACCUAGCAGACUGUCAGUGUCCCCUGCCCCUAACAACCUGUCAGUGUCUCAGUUCCCCUACCAACCUAGCCGACCUGUCAGUGUCCUCCUGUUCCCCUACCAACCUAGCAGACCUGUCAGUGUCCUCCUGUCCCCUACCAACCUAGCAGACCUGUCAGUGUCCUCCUGUUUCCCUACCAACCUAGCCGACCUGUCAGUGUCCUCCUGUCCCCCUAACAACCUAGCAGCUCUGUCAGUGUCCCCCUACCAACCUAGCCGACCUGUCAGUGUCCUCCUGUUCCCCUACCAACCUAGCAGACCUGUCAGUGUCCUCCUGUCCCCUACCAACCUAGCAGACCUGUCAGUGUCCUCCUGUCCCCUACCAACC